AUGCAAGGAAGGGAGAAAGGGUGUAAACAGGCUGUGCCGUUGAUAACAAGUUCACUCCAGGGAAUGCCACAAGACGAACAGGGCUACCACCUGCGCAUGAAAGGUUCGAAGAGGCUGGCGAGAUCAGAGACACAAUCAAACGGGUCGGGCAAGCACAAGGACUGGGAUCCUCUCCAGGCGAUCCAGGACGCUUCUUGGCCAUGGGGGAACGCCAAGAGGGAAGGUGGAGAGCAUGAGAACGAGGCCUCGCACAAGUCCGAGGACCUGGAAACCUCUUCCCGUGCAGGGUCUAACACGCACAGCAUCGUACCCUCAGUGAGAGGCCAUCAGGAGAACCCGAGGCCCGUUUCGGGACAGCAAUCAGACGAAGACGUGGUGCGCGGAGAGUACUUGCAGAGCCAGCACCUGGCCAAGUUUGUUGGGUUUCCGUACGAGGACACUGUGCCAGGGGAGAAGAUUGAGACAACCACAUUCCAGUUAUGCAACGAGCCCUGGGCCCUCUGGAUCUGUCCGAGUGGGAUGACGGAGAGCGAGAGCGAGUAUGUGAGCGUGUUCCUAGCCUACAAGGGGAGUGGAUCUGUGCGAGCCUGGUUCUCCUUCGUCCUCCUGGACACUGAAGGCCGUUCGACUGUCAUCUUCCAAGACAACGAGUUGGAGGGCAGCGUGUUUGAGGGCUACGACGAUCAUUGGGGGAAGCAGAAGUGUAUUUUGAGAGAGGAGCUGGAGGAAGUGGCGCCCGAGGGCGAGUUUGCGAUCCAAGUCAACCUGCGCCUGUUUGAAUCUGAUAGAGCGAGCGCGAGGAACGUCAGCGUGAUGGAAGAGGAAGAGGUGAGGUCGGUCUUCAGCGAGGCGACCUUCUCGCACAAGAGCAGCGUGAAACAUGUCACGAUCCCAGCGACGACGCUCACGUACGACCUCGAGAUGCUCCUGCACAGCGGGAUGGGAAGUGACGUCACCUUCGUGGUUGGGACGGAGUGCGAACACAUUGCCGCGCACAAGGCGAUCUUGAUCGCGAGGUGCCCCGUGCCGAUUCUGACCGACGAGACGAUGCAUCUGCGAGAGAUAAACGUGCCAGACUUCCGUCCGGAUUACUUUCGGGUUUUGCUGCAUUUCAUCUACACGGACAAGGAUCAGAUCGAAGAAGGAAUGCUUGACAACAUGGCCGAUGAGCUGCUGUCCGCGGCGCAAAGAUUCGGCCUGACAAGGCUGAAAGCUCUUUGUGAAGAUCAGCUCACAAGAAGCCUGACUGUAGAAAACGCUUGCGACAUACUCGCCAUCGCCAUCGACGACGAGGCUGAUCAGCUCAAGGCGCGUCCUCCCCUCCUUUCCUUCCCUCUGACGCAUAUCUGCGCAGGAGACGUCUUGCAGCUUCAUCUGCAGAUACUCCAAGGAAGUGUGUAG